CCGCCAUGGCUUCCAAGGGAGUUUCUCUCCUGAAGUUCGUGGGAACUGUUUCCCUCGGUCUUCUGACUGGCCUGUCAUACUCCCUCUCGACCGUCACCGUUCCCUCAAUCCUCUCCCUCCCCUCCGCAUCCGACGCCCUCCGCGCCUUCAAGAACCUCUACCCCGGCGCGACCGCCCGCCUGCGCAUCCUGACCGGCGUCUCCGCCACCUCGUUCCUUCUUGCUUUCUUCCUUUCGCCGCGCGCCUUCCGCCAUCCCUACCUCGUCUACUCCUCCGUCCUCUGCCUGACCUCGGGCCUCGCCGAGCAAAUCACACCUUACAUCCUCAAGAGCUCCUCCGAGUCAUCGAAGCAGUCCAUUGCUGCCCGCCGACAGGCCAGUCGUGAGCGCGAGGAGGCCCGCAAGGCCGCCCGACUCGCCCGCCAGGAAGCGCGCAUGGAGGCCAGCUAUGAGGUUCUCGGCGACGCGCACAGCGACGGCGCCGGUAGUGCGAGCGGUGACGAGGCCGCUGCCGCCGCUGCCAUCGAGGAGGAGGAGGCGCUGAACGGCGAGGAGGUCCGCGGCGAGGUCGAGAGCUUCAGGAAGACACAGCUCGUGCAGUCUGCCAUUGCCUCGUUCGGCUUCCUCUUGUCCGUCGUCGGCAUUUGGGGCGACGGCGCCAUCCAGGUCUUCCAGAGCGAGACCGUCAUCGUUGGCGUAUAAGGCGAUGAUGCACAAACAACCU